AUGGUUAGGUGUUUGUUAAACGAGAAAAACAUGCCGAAGGUGUUCUGGGCCGAAAUAGCCCAGUGGUGUAUGUACAUACUGAACAUGAGUCUUACCACUACCGUUAAGGAGAAGACACCACAAGAAGCUUGGACGGGUUCCAAACCAAAUGUCAAUUUCUUCCGAGUCUUUGGAUGCAUGAACCAUUCUCAUAUUCCAGAUAAAGAAAAAGUGACGCUGUAUAAUAAAAGACGCAAAUGUGUUUUCUUGGGACUAAUUGAAGAAUCAAAAGCAUACAGGUUGAUGGCACGCCCAAGAGAGGCUCAUAUGCUUGCAGUAAAGCGAGUACUUCGCUACAUCAAAUGCAUCGUGGAACUAGGCUUGUUCUACAAGAAGCAUUCAGAUGGUGAUCUCAAAGCGUAUACCGAUAGUGAUUUUGUAGGGGAUACUGAUGGUGCAAAAAGUACAUCAGGAUAUGUGUUCCUGAUGAGUGGUGCAACAGAAUUAGUUAAGGAUGGAGAAGUUAAGCUUGAAUAUUACGACACCAAGGAACAAGUUGCUGAUAUAAUGACGAAGCCGGUGAAACUUGAGACAUUUAUAAAGUUCCGUGAGAUGCUCGGUGUCAUUUGCAAAUUGAAGUGUCUUCUACAUAUUCAGUCUAAGGGAGGAUUUGUUGGUUUAUUGACUUGGUAG